UCAUCAAUUGAUGAAGUCAAUUGUAAAAUGUCAGCAGUCAUCCAUUUGACUGAUGAUUAUUAUGGGUUAUUAUCUGCAUUUCCAGUCUUGAAGGCUAGCCGGGAUAAAAAGUUUCCAGUCUAUACGUCAGCAGUUGUAUUCGAGGAGGGGGGGGGGGGGGGGGGGGGGGUUCUGUUUACAAUGUUAUCCUUGUCCGCUAUCGUUCCCACUUUCUCAUCGUCAUCGUCUUCAUCAACU